GCCAAGUGACGUGGCCUUCAAGUUCCGAAUCGUCUGCCACCUGCGUCUUCCCUUCAUUAUUCGUUUCUUCCUUUUCGUCUUCACACGCCGAUCGUGUUUUCGUCCAUUUUGCUUUCUUUGUGAUUGUCAAGAUCAUCCUUGAAAUGUUUAUACGAUAAAACGUCGAGAUGUUAGAGGAUCAGGUGGCAUACCUCUUGCAGAGGUACCUUGGCAAUUAUGUGAGGGGCCUCAACAAAGAAGCCCUCAAAAUCAGUGUCUGGCAAGGUGAUGUGGAGCUUAAGAAUAUGCAGCUCAAGCCUGAGGCUCUAAAUGCUUUAAAAUUGCCAGUAAAGGUUAAGGCAGGGUUUCUUGGUUCAGUCAAACUUAAGGUUCCAUGGAGUAGGCUUGGUCAAGAUCCAGUUUUAGUGUAUUUGGAUCGCAUUUUCUUAUUGGCUGAACCUGCAACUCAAGUUGAGGGAUGUAGUGAGGACGCUGUCCAGGAAGCCAAGAAGAGCCGAAUACAGGAGAUGGAAAUGAAACUUUGGGAGAAGUCACAGCAGUUAAAAUCAGAGAUGAAUAAAUCUUGGCUGGGUUCCCUCAUCAGCACCAUAAUUGGAAACUUAAAGCUUUCAAUUUCCAAUAUUCACAUCAGAUAUGAGGAUUUUGAGAGCAAUCCCGGGCAUCCAUUUGCAGCGGGUGUUAGGUUGGAGAAGCUCUCAGCUGUGACAGUUGAUGACACUGGGAAAGAGACUUUUAUUACUGAUGAUGCACUUGAUUGCAUUCAAAAGUCUGUUGAACUUGAUCGGCUUGCAGUUUAUUUGGAUUCAGAUAUUUUUCCAUGGCAUGUCAGCAAGCCAUGGGAGGAUUUGCUUCCUUCAGAGUGGUUUCAGGUAUUUAAAUUUGGCACCAAAGAAGGGAAGCCAGCUGAUUAUGCAUUGAGGGAGCACUCAUACAUUCUGCAGCCAGUGACCGGCCAAGCAAAAUACUCCAAAUUGCGACCAAGGGAAGUUGCUCAAAGCAAUGAACCUUUACAUAAAGCUGUGGUGAAUUUGGAUGAUGUUACAAUCUGCUUAUCUAAGGAUGGAUACAGGGAUAUACUGAAGUUAGCAGACAACUUGGCUGCGUUCAACCAACGCCUGAAAUAUGCUCAUUAUCGUCCACUAGUCAUGGUUAAAGCUGAUCCAAGAUCUUGGUGGAUUUAUGCUUAUAAAGCUGUCUCUGACCAGAUGAAGAAAGCAAGUGGAAAGAUGUCAUGGGAGCAGGUUCUGAGACAUGCAAGCCUAAGGAAGAGAUAUCUAUCUCUAUAUGCUUCACUGCUAAAAUCUGACCCCACUCAGGUGACAAUUAGUAACAACAAAGAAAUUGAGGAAUUGGAUCGUGAACUCGAUAUUGAACUUAUAUUGCAAUGGAGAAUGUUGGCUCAUAAGUUUGUGGAGCAAUCAGCGGAAUCAGGUCUUAAUGCAAGGAAACAGAAGGCGGGGAAAUCUUGGUGGUCAUUUGGAUGGACCAGUCAAUCUCCUAGAGAGCAAAAUGAGGCAUUUCAUUUCAGCGAAGAAGACUGGAACCGGUUAAAUAAAAUAAUUGGGCAUAAGGAAGGGGAAGCCAAAGAGCUUGUCGCUGAAUUAUCAAGUGAAGAUCUCAGGUGCUCUAUAAAGCUCUAUCCAGAAACGAAGGUAUUUGAUAUGAAGUUGGGCUCAUACAAAUUAUCAUCGCCAAAGGGUCCCCUUGCAGAGAGUGCAGCUUCGUAUGACUCGUUAGUUGGUGUUUUCUGUUAUAAACCUUUUGAUAAGAAAGUGGAUUGGAGCAUGGUUGCCAAAGCUUCUCCAUGUUACAUGACUUAUUUGAAGGAAAGCGUUGAUCAAAUUCUAAAUUUCUUUGAAAGUAGUAGUGCAGUAAGUCAGACCAUAGCACGGGAAACUGCAGCUGCUGUGCAGAUGACGAUUGAUGAAGUAAAGCGCACUGCUCAGCAGCAAAUGAACAGAGCGUUGAAGGACCAUGCUAGGUUUUCAUUGGACUUGGAUAUUGCAGCUCCAAAGAUUACAAUUCCCACUGAUUUUUGUCCUGACAAUACCCAUGCCACAAAACUUCUGCUGGACCUUGGGAACUUGGUGAUUCGUGCACAGGAUGACUGUCAACAGGAGUCAGAUGAGAAGAAUAUGUACUUGCAGUUUGAUUUAGUUUUAAGUGACGUGUCAGCAUUUUUGUUUGAUGGUGACUAUUACUGGGGACAACCUCCACUAAAUAAGUCAGUCUAUGAUGGCAAUUGUUUUUUUCAAAUCAUUGACAAGUGUGGAGUCAUCUUACAUCUUCAACAGAUUCGGUCGAAGACUCCAUAUUAUCCUUCAACACGUCUUGCUGUGCAGCUGCCCUCAUUAGGCUUUCACUUUUCUCCUGCUCGUUAUCAUCGACUGAUGCAGGUGAUAAAGAUCUUUGAGGGGGAGGAUGAUGAGAGAUCAAAGUUCCUUCACCCUUGGGAUCAGGCUGACCUUGAGGGGUGGUUGUCUCUUCUUACAUGGAAGGGUGUGGGAAGUAGGGAAGCUGUAUGGCAAUUACGAUACUUCCGCUUAGUUGGACGUUUUCUUUAUGUGCUUGAAAGCCCUGACUCUAAAUCUUACAAGCAGUAUACAAG